AUGGCUGCUCACCACACCGUUCCAGUUCUUCUGUGUGGCAGACGCGAAGAUAUCGCUUCGGUUGUCAUGGCUGAGCUACGGCCGAAGUAUGAAGUGGUUCAAUGCAUCAUGAGCCCCGACGACGGAUUGAUCAAUCUUCCUCUCACCUUGUCGGGAUCCAAGCCGAGGAAUCCUGAAAGCAAUUUGGGCUCAAGGGACUUUUCACGAACCCCUCGGGCAGUGGUUUUGGGCGGUGGCUAUGAUGAUGCUACAGUUGAAAUGUUGCGAAAGACCGUAACGGAGACAAAGGGGGCCAGAAAAGUGCCUUGGUUGAAGGCUGAUCAGGGAAAGACUGCGGCAGGUCCUCCACCAGGUUCUGAGGGUUAUCCCGUGUCUGUCGCAACUCGGGUGAAGGAAUCGCUUGAUAGCUUGGAGAAAGAAGGAAAGUUGGAGGGAAAUGAAGAUGGAAUCUUCACAUGGUGA